AUGAAGACUAUCGCACUGUACGUGGUUGUGGGUUUUAGUGGAAUCAUCUUUCUUACUGCUGACGAACAAGGAGAUGCGGGUUGUGAUUAUAGAACAUUUCUAUCAACGUGUUGUAGUAUUGAUACUUACAGUAUUCACAGUAGUGUUACAAUUAAUAGAAUAUGCAAAGCCUGUAUUGGACGUUCCUGUAUUCCAAAGUGUCCCCGGGGAUAUUAUGGAGAACAGUGUGAUGAAAUCUGUACUUGUGAUGCUGCUGCAUGUGACGAUGUGUCAGGAUGCGUAACAACUGGUAAAAAUUCAUGUGAUAUGUGUUCUACUUUAAAAAAAUGA